UAUACUGCCUGCAGUAUAAUGCCAGUGAUAAUAGUAUUGCUUAAAAUAUCGAUAUUUAUGUUACACCGUACGAAAAUGAUGAACUUGAUAAAAUAUACUCAAGAAAACUUUUGGUAUCGGGAAUACGAUGAUUUUGGUCAAAAGAUAUUAAAUGAGAUCGAUAAAAAGGGAAUACUUUUGAUGUGUUCCUUCACGUUUUUUGUUCAAGGAACCGCUGUUACUUAUACCCUGACACCGAUAAUAGAAAACUUGGGUAAAAAUGAUAGCGAUAGGAUUCUACCGUUCAAGAUAUGGAUCGAUCUACCUUUUUCAAUGAGUCCUUAUUUCGAGAUAUUCUUUACGAUUGAGACUCUCGCCCUGAUACACACCGCCGUUUGUUUUGCCUGUUUCGAUAAUUUUUUAUGCCUCUUAAGCAUGCACGCCGCCGGUCAAUUCAAAAUACUACAGCACAAGCUCGAGACGAUUUUUGAUUGGGGCGUUAACGUAUCAUUGAAAACUGUCAUAACGUUGAAUAACGAAAGAUUAAAUGAUUGCAUUAAGAGGCACAAUGAAUUGAUUAAUUAUAUUGAUAAAUUGGAAAAUAUAUUUACUCACACGAUGUUGUGCCAAUUGUUAAUAUCAAGCGUGAUGCUUUGCGUAGCUGGAUUUCAAAUGUUCUUGUCACAAGGAACAUUGAUAAGGAGGAUGAUAUUUGUCGCUCAUACCAACGGAUGCUUCUUCCAACUCUUUGCAAUAACUUUGACAGCAAAUGAGGUAUUGAUUGCCAGUCAAGCUAUAAGCGAGGGCGCUUACGCCGCAAAUUGGGCCUUCCUCCCUUCAGAAAUUUUUACCAACAUAAGUGGAAGUCUUAUAAUGAUUAUGAUCCGAGCACAAAAACCUUGUUGCAUAACUGCAGGCGGAUUUUUUCCUGUCUCCCUCGAAACAUGUAUGGCGGUCUUGAAGACAGCAGCUUCUUACUUCACGUUGUUGAGAACAUUCGAUGACGAAAACGAUUGAAUUUUUCUAUCGAAGAAAAUGUGAAAAUGGAAAAAAGAAAAGAGAGAAAAUAU